AUGGUUCUAAUGCAUCUGGCCGAGACCUUCAGGCGGCUAUUCAGUUCGCGCUCACUUGGGCCGGCAGUAGCAGCAGCGGUUGCUGUGUACAUUGGACGCCUGAUUUCACGAGCCUUCUUUUCGCAGCUCUCCCCUAUCCCAGGGCCGUUCCUGAACAAGCUCUCGAACCUGCCGCUAAAGUACCACCUGCUUCGCGGCCAGUACCACACUAUCGGCGAGGUCGUGCGCAUUGGCUAUGACAUGGUGUCGCUAUCAAACACCUCUGAUACCCGGCUCGUUCUGGCCACCCACGCGUUUCAGAAGGGUCCUACAUACCACAGGGGCCGCACUAACGAGCCGACGUCUUUCUCUGCCAUUGACCCAGAGCUAAACAAGACGCGGCGCCGACAGCUCGACGCUGGUGCUCACUCUCUCAUCAAGACAUGGGACGCUGAGAUCAGCCAGCAAGGUGGCCAAGCCAGAGCCAACUACUUUUACACGUUCCACCGCAUGGGAGCUUUUAAUAUCCUGCAAACCGGCGACACAUCGGUCAUAGACAAGAUGCCAAUCCAGAGGGUUCCCUGGCUGUUUCCAGGGCUGAAGCAGUCGCAGCAGUUCCUCUUGGAGCUUGUGCGCGAUGCGAUAGCAACACGCAAGCGUCUGAUCGAAAGGCAAUGGCGCCCCGCCACGGAUACCACGAGCAAUACGUUGUCGUGGACUAUUGCCAAUCUCCUCAACUACCCUGAUAUCCAUCGUCGUGUGACUGACGAAGUAUGGUCUACUUUCCCGGACAUGACCCGCACUAUUUCUUUUGGUGAAGCCAAGGCCAAGCUUCCGUACUUGACAGCUGUUAUCCAUGAGUCGAUGCGCCUGAACCCGUCUGUUUCUGGAAUGCUGCCCAGGAGCGUUCCUGUUGAAGGCGCCGCUUUUCAAGGCUAUUCUAUUCCUCGCACAGCAACAAUCUGUGUCUCGAUUGCUGCAUGCCACCGCAACCCAAAGACCUGGGAGAACCCGAACACAUUUAAUCCUGACCGCUUCCUGGGUGAGGAUGACGAGGGUAAACUGCGUGAUCUGCUUACAUUCAGUUCUGGCGUGCGUGUCUGUAUCGGCAGGAACCUGGGAUGGCUUGUGGUCUACACAGUCUUGGCCAACAUCCUACGCAAGUACAAUUUUGCUUUGCCAGAGAACGCACCGUAUGGUCCUCAGCGAACAGACAAGGGUGGGGUGCCUGCUGAGAUCCCUGGAUCAGCGUACAUACUCACCGGCCCCUCGCAUCCACAGACCGACUGCUGGGUUAACAUUUCGCAUGCAUAGAAUAUUCGUAUACAUUGAGCUAGACGAAAUUUAUUUCAAAGGGUUAACAAGCGACACGCUGCCGAGCAUUUUAACGAGCCUCAGCGCAACCGAAUACAAA